AUGGGUUUCUCUGAACUGAGAGUUGUUUCUUUAAUAUAUCCCUUUGAGGUUUUAAUUGGAUGGGCAUUGAGUAAAAUUAUUGGUGAUUUGAAACUAGAAAGUCAAAGAAACAAUUUCUAUAUACUACGAUCUAGUAACAUUGUAAAUGAGUUAUUUGCUUAUCAUGGUAAUCAAGUUUGGUUAGUUUUAUUCAUAUUCCUAUGUUUGGUUCAAAUCUAUUAUCGUUCAAAGAGGUUUAGUUUGUUGAUAAGUUCGGAAAGUUUCAAUGGUAGAGAUCAGCUUAUAGCAAGAGGUAAACCUUUGGUGAAACAAUAUAUUUGCAAGUUGAUCUUGAAGAAUCUGAUGCUGAUACUUGUUUUUUCAGUGAUUGAUAAUGUUUUCAUCUUUUCUGGUGGUGAAUGUACCUCAGGAAGUGGUACCAGAUCUUCUCAGCGUUGUCGACAUGAAAAUGGUCAUUGGGAAGGUGGAUUUGAUAUCAGUGGGCACUUCUGUUUUUUAGUAACAAUAAGUAUGAUUCUGUGGAUUGAAUUACAUCAAUUUAAGAAACAUGUUGACUUAGAAGGUUUAUCUGGUCAAUUAAGUUUGUAUUCUAAAAUAAUUUUAAUGACUGUAUUUACAGUUUUAUGCAUUUGGGUUUUUAUUUUAUUUAUUACUUCGGUCUAUUAUCAUACUUUCAUGGAGAAAGUAUUGGGUUGUGCCAUGGGUUAUAUUACUCCUUAUGUAAUGUAUCAUAUCAUCCCAAACAACGAGUUUUUGUAUUCCAUAUUGUACCAUUAA